AUUUAGACCAUAAUUAAUAUUUAAAUUUUGCUUAAUGUAUAAUUUUUAUAAUCACCGUCGCGCUCAGUGUGUGUAUAUAAAAGAGAGAAGAGUAGAAGAUGGCGAGAUUGUAUUGGGAGAGAGGAUGGGUGCAGAAGCAAAUGGCGGCGAGAAGCAAUUGAAAUUUCUGAUCUACGGUCGCAGCGGUUGGAUUGGUGGUCUACUGGGUAAGCUCUGCGAAGAGCGCGGGAUCCAAUAUGAGUACGGCACCGGCAGAUUGGAGAACCGGUCGUCGUUGGAGGCGGACAUAGCGGCUGUGAAGCCCAGCCACGUGUUCAACGCCGCGGGUGUCACGGGUAGACCCAAUGUGGACUGGUGCGAAUCUCACAAAGUUGAAACCAUCCGAACCAACGUCGUCGGCACUCUCACCCUCGCCGACGUCUGCCAUCAUAAAGGCCUCAUCCUCAUCAACUACGCCACCGGCUGCAUCUUCGAGUACGAUUCUUCCCACACUCUCGGAUCCGGCAUCGCCUUCAAGGAACACGAUACUCCCAAUUUCACCGGAUCCUUCUACUCCAAGACCAAAGCCAUGGUGGAGGAUCUGGUUGGGAACUACGAGAACGUGUGCACGUUGCGUGUGAGGAUGCCGAUUUCGUCGGAUUUGUCGAACCCGCGGAAUUUCAUCACUAAGAUCACUCGAUACGACAAGGUUGUCGACAUUCCCAACUCCAUGACCAUAUUGGACGAGCUUCUCCCAAUCUCGCUGGAGAUGGCCAAGCGGAACCUCACUGGGAUCUGGAAUUUCACCAACCCUGGAGUCGUAAGUCACAACGAGAUUUUACAGAUGUACAAGGAAUACGUGGAUCCGAACUUUACAUGGAAGAACUUCACUCUGGAGGAGCAGGCUAAGGUGAUUGUUGCCCCUAGAAGCAACAACGAGCUUGACGCCUCUAAGUUGAAGAAGGAGUUUCCUCAACUUUUGUCCAUCAAAGACUCCCUCGUUAAGUAUGUAUUCCAGCCAAAUCAGAAAAAGGCAUAACAUAACUUGGACAUGUUAUGUUAGUUUACCGUUUUAAUUUACAUCUUCUUCUGCUGACCAUUUCAGAUUUUCCUUCGUGUGUUUUGUUGCAUUUAAUUUUUAUGUUAUAUUUGUAUUUUUUAUUAUGAUAUGAAUAAACUAGUUGUUACCUACUUAAUUUUAAGUAAUCAA